AGUCAGCAGCACCAAACCUACAGCUGCCCGCACGCCCGACUUUCGAGCGCGCUCGCUUUUGUAAAGUACAUAGAGUGUGGCGUUCCGAAGAGGGAAACUUCACACAACACACAUCAGUUCAACUCCAGACACGGUUCGAGUUGGUUGUGUUGCUGGUUCACGUUCGCAAAUACACCUCGCCGUCAUACACGGUUUUGUCAUUCGUUGCAUUUGGCAAUCGAUAUCAAUUAGUCCGAUCGUCCCGCAUCCAUAGUAUCGGCGUCGCGACUCUCAAUGGACCUUUUGUAAAUCUUUCCGCGAAUGUGGAUAUUAUUCAAAGUGUCGCCAAUGGUGUGAGUGUGAGCAGGAGAGUUUAUGUACAUAGAGGCGUCGAGCAAUUGAAAAAAGCGGGUUUAUUGACAAGCCAAAAUAUGGUAGUCCUCCCGGAUUCCGUUGUGCCUUCGUCGAAGGUUCCAAUCAAGGAUGUCAAUGAGUGCAUCACUUGCCACAUUUGCAAAGGAUACAUCAUUGAUGCUACAACCAUCGUUGAAUGCUGCCACUCAUUCUGUCACAGCUGCAUCGUUCCUCACCUUAGGACAAAGGAAUACUGCCCAAAAUGCGAGCUUAUCAUCAACAAAACUAAACCCAAUAUCAAGCCAGAUGCGACUUUCCAGGCGAUUGUCUACAAACUAGUACCGGGACUGUAUGAGAAGGAAUUGCUACGGAGACGAAAUUUCUACGAAACGCGCCCUGAGGAGGCAAAAUUGGCAACACCAGAGCAGAGGGGUGAAGACACAGAACACCUCAUCUUUCGACCUACAGAGAAAAUCUCCCUUUCCCUGGAAUAUGCAUUCAUUGAUGAGCACAAGAGUCGUUCACCGGAGCUCGCGAAGCCCAAAUAUCUUCAAUGUCCUGCCAUAUUCCCUGUUUCGCUUCUCAGCAAGUUUGUCGUGAUGAAAUUCGGAAUCGAUUCAGCACAAUUCAAUGUUGAUAUCAUGUACAAGGUCAAGACGAUUGUUCUACCCGAAUACUACACACUUAUGGAUGUGGCGUACAUUUACACGUGGAAGAGGGAAGCACCCAUGAGGUUCUUCUUCCGUGUUCGCACGAAAGAGACAACGAGCGAGGAGCUACCCGAAGUGCCUCUUCGUCGUUCACCCAGCAUAAAUAAUCGUCAGGCUCCAGUGGCUGCAGGUGAGGCAGAGGUGAAGGAGGAGCACCGUGAGGACAUAAGGCCAGCAGCAGCCACCACCAAACCACAUUCCGGUGAGCAGAAAGUUCCCUCGAAGCAGGGGAGCAUCGUGAAAAAGGAUAUCAGUGAGAAGUGUAUUAAAGUGGAGAAGAAUGUGCCGAGUGUUGUGGAGAAGGUCGUCAAAGUGAGUAAGAGUAGCAAGAAGAAUUACGAGGAUUGUGUAAAGAGUGAGAAGAGGGAGCGAGGAGACAGUGUGAAAGUUAAGAAAGAGAAAGUUUUACAAGUUGAUGGGGGGAAAAAGUGUGAGAAUAUCAAACUCAAAAUUGGACUGUCGAAGGAUAAUUCCAAAAUGAUGGUGAUUAAGGAUAUAACACCCACACCAGAGCCGCCAAUGGCAACGUCUGCACGUAAAGGCACUGAAAAGACGACUAAAAGCCCAAAGGAAAAGGUGCCACAAGUGAAAGUUGAAAAAUGCCAUGAAAUGGAAGAGCCCAAAAAGGAUAAACCACCAACUGUGGAAAUUCCAUUGCAGAAAACCGUGAAGCAGGAGCCAAAGAGUCCAACGACAAAUCAGGUGAGACACCAUUUGCCAUGUUCCCAAAGUUCUCCCAUUAAAGUUGAAAUGAAAGAAAAGUCCCCUGAAGUCAAGAAAGGCGUUGUUGAUGAGAUCAGACAAAGCCCCAAGACUACUAGAAGUCCAUCACCUGCUAAAAUUCAUACAGAAACUGACAUAGAAAUGCUCAUUGACUUGGAAGAAAUCAAAAAGUCCCAAUUUUUGAAUUCCUUUGAGUUAACUGCUAAGAAGGCAGAUACCUUAAAAUCAGAUGGGAAUAAAGUUGAUUCCGUCAAGGCUGAUGGCAUUAAAGCAAGUAGCCUUAAGACAGAUAAGGCAGAUAGCCUUAAGGCGGAUAAACUAAAGACAGACAGCAAUAAAGAAGAUUGCAUCAAGACAGGAACCACACAGGCUGAUAAUCACAAGGCAGAAAGCCUCAAAGCUGACAGCAUAAAAACAAACAGCCUAAAAACAGAUAACAGCAAAACGGAUGCCAAUAAAGCUCCAACAAAUGCAUCAAAAACAGAUAGUGCUGCUUCCAAAAGGAAGAAUAAGGAUCCAGUUAAGAGCAUUGCAAAAACUCGCCUUCCUGAGUUGCCAAACCUUAUUUCACCACCACUCAGCAAUAAACCAGAAGUCAAACAAUCCCUAAACUUUGACUUAUCUCCCUUUCCGGUUGGUCCGGAGAAAAGUGUGGAGAAGAAACCGCCUGUUAGCAAUGGUUUCGCCGUGCCUAAGUGCGACGUGAAGAAGCCUAAGAAAGACGAAAGUACUGUUCCAAGGAGGAAGUAUACGAAUUUUGUAAAAAUAGCCCCAAAGCAGGCUUCUAGCACGGCUGCAUCACUGAUGAAUAGUGCUGCUUUUAUUGGUGGAUCAGGUACAUCGAAACUAUCAAUGAGAUCCUCAUCAACCCCAUCCCGAAUUGCACCACCACGUCGUCAGUCUGUUGCCACGGAAAAUCCAUCGCGUAUCCUGCAGGAUACCUUUUCAAUGCUACAGAAGAAUAGUACGGAAAUCAAAAAGAUCGAUGGGACGAAGGAUGUGAAGGUGUAUGGGCCACAAAUGGGACCACCACCCACUCCGGCAGGACUCCCAAUGCCACGUACCCCAAACCACGUACCGGAUUAUUGGAAUUUCCCAAUGCGAAAUGGUUCGUCAAAGGGGUACAUUGGUUCCCCCUACCUUGGGCUCUCAUCCCCCAUGUAUACACCCAACUACUCCCCCAAUUCACCCCAAUACGCUCCCACCUACAACAUCCCCAUCGCACAGUCACAAUUCAAGUAUACAGGACUCCCAACGAACGGCACAUCGGGACUCCCACGGACACUCGGCAAAGGCACCGAGUUAGCUGAGAGUGGGAAGAAGAUUGCCCCGAAUGAGGGGGAAUCGGUGAAGCGCGCAAAAUCCACAUCACCCACCAAGGAUGACGGUGAACCACCGGAGAAGCAGAGGAAAGUGCAGUCACUGCUUGACUCUUGCAACAUCACCUUCCCCUCAUCGCUCUCGAUAACCCUCACGAAUGAACAGAAUGACAUGGAUACGAGCAAAUCAACCAAAACACCCAAACCCAAACGUCCCGUCAACAACUACAUUGAAAUCCUCAAGUUGCCCAGCGACGGUGCCACCACAGUCACCCCCAUUCCACCCGAGGACACGCGAAAUGGCAAAGUGUCCCCCAAGGACACAGGCAAAGGAAAGGAUCUCCUCACGAAGGUGAAUGAAUUGACGACAAAAGCAGCGGAAACGAGCAAGAAAAUCGAUGGGGAGGCAGAGAAGAAGAAACAAGUUCCCAAACUCAAUCCCAUCGACAAACCCACCCCACCUGCAACAACGGAAGGUGGCUCCGAAUCCUUUCAACAGACCUACUUAAUGUCCCUCCUGACGCAAUCCGUCUACAAGGAUGCCAUGCAAAAUAAAUUGUAUGACCUGAAGACCAAUAAAAUCAUCUCCCUCGAUGGGGUGUCAUCGUCAACAUCCCCCGAAAAUCGCCCAAGUCCACCACCACCGAAAAAAUCCAAAAGUGAACCAAGUUCCCUCGUAAAGAGUACCCCGAAAGAGGAUGUAAAGCCGACAAAGUCAGCUUCAGCCCUGGAUCUCUCCUCUGUCACGUCAAGCGUUGUUGAGGGUGAAAAGCGCGAGAAGAAGUCUCCCAAGGAAACGAAGAAAUCCUCACCACGUCAUGAAACUCCAGUUCCACCCAAAAUUGACUUAACUGAACCCACCCUCAGUAGUUUGCUACCCUCCCUGCCACUCAUUCCACCCGCUACACCCACUGACUUAAUGACCAGCCUCAAUCCGGGCUUCCCCAAUCCCCUAAAUUAUCCCGUUUUCUGGAUGGAGCAAUACCAGAGAAUGAAGAAAGCUGGCUCCGAAGCCCUCGAGCUCUACUUCCAAAACAUUCAGAAGAAUAUUGCAAAGGCUAAAGGGAUGCAAGACCCAUCCACAACUUCACCACCACCCACCACUGUCUCAUCAACUGUAUCCGAGGCUGAGAAAUAAACAACCCCACGAAACAACCCUUUUCAUCAUUCAAAAGAAACUUUAAUGAAAAGUCACAAAAAGAACCUCCUAAAAUAAAUCCUCGUCUAAUAAAUUCCUAUUUAUUCUUUAGAGCCCUUCUCCUAAGAAGAAAAAAAUUGUAAAUAUUGCUUUGAGUCAAAAUAAAUAAAAUAUAUAUUUCUAAAAGUAAAUUAAGAGACUGCGGAAUGUUUAAAAAAAUCGAAAGACUUGCCAUAUACGGAAACAUUUUUUUUUAUCGAAAAGGGGUUAGUAAUUGCAAAGAAAUUUGCGUAUAUUCAAGUAAAAAUAUACAUAAUUAAUGUUUUUUGUUAUUAAGGUAUGUAAAAGAAUGUAAUGAUUUUAAAAAUAUUUUUUUAAGCUAAAAUAAAAUUUUAUAAUUGUAAAA